ACCAAUGCGAAGAGCUGUUAUAGGUUGCUAAGCGCCGUAGCAGCCAAUCCGCGUGUUUCUUGCUUUGCCGUGCUCGAAUUUGGAGAGACUCAACUGGAGUCGCGACUGCGGACGCUGUUUCCCCGGUCAAACCCGGACCGCCGAGAACCUUCGUAGGUCACAGGCUUGCUUGACCCUAUCCCAGCUAUCUUCAGGCAAGAGGCGAGGUACACUCUCAACUGGUCGCCAACCAAUUUCAUGGCACAGGAGCUGGCGUUGUAGGAGCAUACAAGACUAAACGCGUGCAAAUAUACAUGUAGUGGAUAUCAGAACACCGUAGGCUCCACUUCAACCAUGCCAGAGUCCUCCUCAGAUGUCAAGGACCUUUGCAGCAGCUCUGGCAAAUGCCAAACAUGGCCCUUAACAGGCCACUUGGACCACUCACCGCUGCCUCUGCAUACGAAGUCCUACAUGCUCACUAAUUUCUGCACUGAGCACAACGUGCCAGAAUGUGUAACACACAUCAAUCAGGAGGUUUUCUCACUGGGUCUCCCACCGGUUUGGACGCAGACGGAUAGCACUUCGGACAUGAACGUCGUCUCAGUGCUCAACUGCAUGUACGAGCUGCUUCAGCUGCACCGUAGGGGCAUCCAAACCUUGGAGAAAAUGGAGAUGGACCAGCUGAAGUGGAGCAACAAUGUCGACUCCCUGCAGCUCAGCUGCACGCAACUAAAGGAGCAGCUAGAACUUUCCAAAAGAGAGAACAUGGGAGUUGUUGAGCGGGAACGACAACUUCAGCUGAAAGUGAAGACCAUGCAGAACUGCCUGAAAAACGAAAAGGAAGAGACUCACAAGCUGCAGAACAUCGUCUCUAGCCGGGCCAGCCAGUACAACCACGAGAUGAAGCGGAAAGAGCGAGAGUUAAACAAACUGAAAGAAAGACUGAAUCAGCUCCUGGUCGACAAAAAGGACAAGAGACUUGCUAUUGACAUAUCAAAUAAACUAGGAAGAGCAGACGGCAAGAGAAGCCUCUGGAAGACUGAGAAGACGGAGGCAAAGCACGAGGGGGAGAUGUACAAAAGUCUGCUCAGGGACUACGAGAGCAGGCAGGGGCAGCUGCUGUUGGAAAAUGCUGAGUUGAGAAAAGUUUUGAAGCAGAUGAAAAAAGACAUGGUGGCCAUUCUCAGUUCCAAGAGGUCAAUUGUCAAAGGAGACAAGCAGGACCAUAGUGCCAUGGAAGUGGACUCUGAUGAGGAGGAAGAAGUCAUUUAUUCCUGUCAGGAAAGUGCAGAUCUGUUUAUUGUUCACAGUCAAGAGAAGCUAACCAACAGUGUUCGACGCCAGUGGAGAAGACUAAAGAAUUACGUUGAGAGACUGGACAACCAAGAUGACAUCAAAGAUGCUGAUGCAGUUCCCCGAGAAACUUCAAAGGAAAUGGGAAAAAUGAGGCAGGAGAAAAAGCAGUGUAAAGACUCCAUUGAAAAACAGCAACAUCUUCUGCAGCAGAAGGUGAGCACUCAGUGUGACAAGGAGACGUCCGACACCACGGCGGACGACAGCCAUUUGUUGCAGGAAAAAGAUCGUCUGCUAGACGAGUGGAAGAGCCUCGAGGACCAGCGAAAGAGCUUUGAGAGGGAGAGGAAGAACUUCACAGAGGCGGCAAUUCGACAGAGCCAAGAGAGGAAGACCUUUGAGGAAGAUCGUGCCAUGUGGCUCAAGCACCAGUUUUUGAACUUGAGCCCUUUUGCUGACACAAAGACACCACAGAGGUCAAAGUCUCAGUGUUCCUUUCAGAUGUUAGGUGAAACGCAGCCCAUUAGAGCAUCGCUUCCAGAAAAGCCCAUCGUCACUUCCCCCACCCCUGGAUACAGACCAAGCGUAUCACCCUCCACACCCGACCUGCUUCACACAUUAAGCCUUAUCUGUGAAAACAGCUCAAGCAAACCAAAGAGGAAUGAAGACGCGGGAGACGCCAGCUUCUUAGCAGCACAGCAGAAAUGGUGGAUCAGCGGUGACAACCACAGCGGCCUGAUGCUCACGCGGGAGGAUUGUGGCUCAAUAUGAGCACUUGAUCCAUGAGGACCAUGUGACUGUACAUGCAUUUGAAUGAUGGCAACAGUCUCUAACCAUGAGUGUAUGGCACAUUAGGGAACUUCAGGAUUUGGGAGCGGGACCCACGACCCACAACCUGAAUGAGGAUGAGUGCUCAAGAAAAAGCUUUCAGGAGAAUUUUGUAUGACCUAAUGAGCUAUGGCGGUUUUCAUUCCAUUUUUUAAUCUGUAGAUUCAUGGAGGAAUUCAUUUAUUUUGUACUGUGGUGUUUAGCUAUCACAUUGAGGUGCUCACUCCAAAGGAGGUGGACAAUACUCCAUCCAUGACCUUGUUAAAUGAGACACAUUUACAGAUGUCAUUUAAACAAGAAGCUGUAAGACUAUCAAGUGGAUGCUGUUUAUUAUUAUUUUGUUUUAUGUUGCAUUUAGUCCAAUUAAGGAUUAGGCACUAUACUUGUGGAUAUGGAUGUAAAUUUUGUUUGAUGGAAUGUGGCUAGUUUUCAAGUUUAA